UAUGUUCUAUAAACACUAGCACAGCUCUGUUCUCACUCUCUCUGAAGCAAGUUUGCAUAUUAGAGCUACAUCAAACUUCUGCUUUUAUAGUAAAGACUGUGUGUGGAUGUCUAUUGGGACUUUAUAUCUUGGAAAUCAUAAAUCCAGAGCUCCUUCAGUGGUCAGUGGUGUUUGGAAGAUGAUGGGAUUUUUGGAACUUUUUGUGCUAGCAGCUGCAUUCAACUACGUCUCUGCCUCUACAGAAGUUUGCACCAAUGCUCUCCUACCAGGAGCUAAAGGAGACCAAGGUGAGAUUGGAGAGGAGGGAGAUCAAGGAAAACUGGGGAAGAAUGGACCACCAGGACUUCCAGGAGUGCCAGGAGAAACUGGGCUUAAAGGAGAGGUGGGCCAUGCAGGGAAGACGGGGCCUGAGGGAGACAAAGGUGACAAGGGUGACGUGGGUUUGGAAGGGCCCUGUGGUUUCAAGGGGAAACCAGGCACAACAUGCGACUGUGGCAGGUACAGAAAGGUGGUUGGCCAGCUGGAUGUCAGCAUAGGCAAGCUGAGGAAUGCUGUCAAGUUUGUGAAGAAUGUGAUCAUGGGGCUGAGAGAAACAGAAGAGAGAUACUACCUGCUGGUGAAGGAGGCCAAGAAGUUCAGAGAUGCUUCAAUGAACUGUAAGCUACGAGGAGGCGCCCUGGGAAUGCCAAAAACCAACAACACCAACCGCCUCAUGGCAGACUACGUCAGUCAGGCCGGACUGACAAGAGUUUAUAUUGGAGUACAGGCCCAAAGCAUGCACACAGGUGGAACUAGUGCUUAUGUAUAUGCAGAUACCAGCCCUCUGCAAGGUUUUGCAGCUUGGAGCCAAGAGGUGGAAUUAAAUUCAAAAUCAUCUCCCAGCACAAACUCAAGCUGCGUGGAGCUGCUCAGUACGGGAACGUGGGGUCAUGUGGAGUGUGAAGCAACCCUGUUUUUCAUCUGUGAGUUCCCAAAGAGCAGCAGAAGAGGAGGAGGAAGAGGAGGAGGAGGGGCAUCUGUCUCUGUCUCAUUUUAAGUUGAUGUGACACUGUUUUCUUGUUUAUGUUGGAAUGGAAAAUGUAUGCAAUUAAAAAAUGACCCGGAAUUAAAUAUAAACUGUGCCUGCAUAAUCAUAAA